AUGUGUGCCGGCUACCUGCCCACGCUGUGCGUGCUCUGCCCGGACUCCGACAGGAGGAGCCACGCCGCCCGGAGUCCGGCCGCCUGUCCGUCUGCUGCGGACACAGGUGUGGGCCGCGGCCACGACUGGGCUGGGGCAGAUCCUGUGAAGACAGAGCCUGUGAAGACGGCACGCGACGGCCCAGGAGCUGCCCGGAGCCGGCACAAGCGCUGGGGCCCAGCUGAAGUUGGCUUUCCAGGCUGGCGCGAGCCCACGGCAGUCUUGAGGUCAGUGCCAGACCCUGCCCUCACCCAGAGGGGCACACUGACCUUCACGGCCCCAACCACCCUCGUCACCACCCUGGGGACCCCACCCACUCAUCCUGACUCCUGCCCUGAGGCCCCCAUUCAUGGCCCCUGUGAGCUCCGUGCCGGGCUCCCCAGCCCACCUUCCACUUCUCUGGGCCCUGAACGCCUGGCGCCCCCGCACCCAGGACUGGCAGAUGAAGAGGGGGACAGCAGGGUUCUUGGGAACACCCAGGGUGCAGGGACUCAAGACAGUGAACCCCUCCUGAGGGCCACAGCCACAGCCUGCCCCUGGGCUGAGAGAGCAGGGGAGGAGAGGGAGCCAGCCGGGGGACCGAGCCAGGAGGAAUGCCCCAUCUGCACAGAGCCCUACGGGCCCGGUGAGCACCGCCUGGCCCUGCUGAACUGCGGCCACGGCCUGUGCGUGGACUGCCUGCACCAGCUGCUGGGCACGGCCCCCGGCACCGAGCUGGGCCGGGUCUGCUGCCCGCUCUGCCGCCAGAGGACACCCACGCUCGAGUGGGAGAUCUGCCGGCUGCAGGAGGAGCUGCUGCAGGCGGACGGGCCCCAGAGCCCACGGCCCCCCACGCCCCCCGCACCUCCCCGCCGCGGCCCCGGGCCCUGGGCCUCCCUAGAGCACCGGUACCAGCUCCGCUUCCUGGCAGGGCCUGUGGGUGGCCAGGGUUGCCUGCCCUUCCUGCCCUGCCCGCCCUGCCUGGGCGCCCGCCUCUGGGCCCUGCGGGGACGAGGGCCCUGUGCCCGCCGCCUCGCGCUGCUGGGCCUGCUGGCCCUCGAGCUGCUGGGCCUGCUGCUCAUCUUCACGCCGCUCCUGCUGCUGGGGCUCCUCUUCGUGCUGCUGGAGCGCGCCGGCCGCUGAGCAGGGCCCGUCACACCUGCCGCCAGGGCCGCCGAUGGGCCUCCUGAGGCCUGAUGACACCAAGCUGAAAAACCCAAGACCAAGUGGGGACUAGCCUUCAAUCAAAACCAGCUCUGGGGCCCACGCCUACCCAGGACCCUGUGUUCAGCCUCUGACUGAGCCAGAGACUUCCUCUCCUGCUGCCCAGAUGCUGCCGACGCCCAAGCGCAGCGCUGGGAGCUGGAUGAGGUCUGCAGCCAGGGCCCCAGGCACCCCUCGAUGGAAGGGCCCCUUACUGACAUGGAGCCAUCUUCGCCCCAUCUCCCUGCCCCGCCCGGCCUGUCUGCAAGAGGGGCCCAGCGGACACGAAAAUGAACGGAGAGGUCUGGUGGUGAGGUGACUCCUUGAAGAGAGUGGGGCCCUGGGGGCAGGCCCCCCGACCUGGUCCACGUUCCAGAUAAGGGCCAGUGUGAUUCCCUGAAGGACAGGGCACAAGAGGGGAGGGGCCCUUGCCGUGGAAGCCCAGGCCACAAACAGCUUCCUCACUGGCUGGGUCAGGACCCAAGGGGGCGGUCCCCGAGCGGCCGAGUGUCCUGAGCUGCAUGGAACAAGGGCCCAGCUAGGCCUCGGAGCUGCGGAGCGCUGAGCUGAGGCCCGAGUGCCCUCCAGCCUCGUGUCAUUGAGCCCUUUAUCUAAAGGACAGACACAGCACGACCUCACGGGCCUGUGCCGUGCCCAGCACAAGCAGUGGCCCUCAAUACACAGCGCUGCUACUUA